GUGGCAGUUGUCAGCUCGGUGAACCCGGCAAUACCGACACGUAGCAGUAAGCACUAGGUAGUCGACUUAUCUCCAAAUCCGUUCUAUAUCCACACGUUCGAUAUCCGACAAUAGUCUCCGUCGUCCUGUUUCGGGAUCCGACGCGGAAAAACUGCUCCAAAGAUGCUCAAGACGAUCUUGCUGCCCACCCUGGGCUUGCUCUUGCUUCUGUUGAGCGACGCUUCUUGUCAGUACAGAACCAAACAGUCUCAAAAUGCACCACUGGCUGAACGUGUCCAGCAACUUACAGAUAUGGCCAUGAAGAGACCAGUUAUGAAGUUUAAUACUGCUAAAUUUAAGGAAUUCGUGAAGGCAACACCUAGGAAUUAUUCUGUUAUUGUUAUGUUUACGGCUAUGGCUCCGCAGAGACAGUGUCAAAUAUGCAGACAUGCGAAUGAUGAAUUUGUUAUAGUAGCUAACUCUUUUCGUUACUCUCAAUCUUAUUCAAAUAAAUUGUUCUUUGCAUUAGUUGACUUUGAUGAGGGUUCUGAAGUAUUCCAAAUGAUGAGGUUAAACACUGCACCAGUUUACAUGCAUUUUCCUGCCAAAGGUAAACCAAAAGCUGCUGAUACUAUGGAUAUUCAUCGAGUGGGUUUUGCUGCAGAAGCCAUAGCAAAGUGGAUAUCGGAGCGUACUGAUAUCCAGAUCAGAGUUUUCAGACCACCAAGUUACUCUGGAACAGUUGCUGUUGUGAUGUUGUUAAUUUUGAUAGGUGGAUUUUUGUACCUGAGGCGUAAUAAUCUCGAUUUCAUUUAUAACAAAACAAUAUGGGGUCUUGGAGCACUGUUUUUCACACUUACAAUGAUUUCGGGACAAAUGUGGAACCACAUUAGGAGUCCUCCUUUCGUCUAUAAAUCACCUAAUGGAAAUGUGGCUUAUAUCCAUGGCUCCUCCCAAGGCCAAUUUGUUUUAGAAACUUACAUUGUUAUGAUUUUGAAUGGAGCUGUUGUUCUGGGUAUGAUUUUGAUGACUGAGGCUGCUUCCUCUCGUAAAAGUGACGUCAAGAAGCGCCGGAUAUUUAUUGUUAUUGGUGCAAUGAUUGUAGCAAUUUUCUUCAGUUUACUUUUAUCUAUAUUCCGAAACAAAGCACAGGGUUAUCCGUACAGCUUACUUUUUAAAUAAAAAGGAACAGAGAUAUUAAUACUUCAAGUAUUGUAUUGUAGAUAUUCUGCCUGAAAUGAGACUAAUUGCAAAACUGUACUUGUUGUACACUUCAGUUGAUAUAAUACAAUGUUUAAAAGAA